AAAUGACGUAACUUCCGCUAGUCGGCAGCAGAAACAUGAUGGCCGUGGAGAGCGAUGUUCAGUCGGAGAUCGAGGUGCUGCAGUCCAUUUACCUGGAGGACCUGCAGGUGGACCGGAAGCAGGACGGAGGCUGGGAGGUGAGUCUGGUGCUGCACCCGUCGACAGGACAGGACGCCGUCUCUCAGUUUGUGCGUCUCACCCUGACGCUGACCCUGGAUCAGCAGUACCCCUGCUCCCCUCCGGUCAUCUCCAUCCGUAACCCCCGCGGCCUGUCCGAUGACAAACUCAGCAGCGUGCAGGCGUGUCUUCAGCUGGAGGCCGCGUCGUGUCUGGGUUCUCCCGUCUUAUACCAGCUCAUCGAGGUUCAUGUGCCAAAUCUUGUACAAAGACAUUUCUGCUGUUUUUUUUACCGCCUAAACGUAAAUAUUUCUCCUCUCCAGAAAGCGAAAGAGAUCCUGACUGAGAGCAACAUUCCUCAUGGAAACUGCGUCAUAUGUCUUUACGAUUUUAAGGAGGGGGAGGCCUUCACCAAGACCAGCUGCUACCACUACUUCCACUCCCACUGCCUCGGCCGCUACGUCCGCCACUCGGAGGCGGAGCUCCAGCAGAGGGAGAGGGAGCUGGAGGAGGACAAGACCCGAGAGCGAGCGGAGCACCAGGAGCUGACCGUGGUGUGUCCGGUGUGCAGAGAGACUCUGACCUACGACCUCGACCUCCUUCUGUCGUCUCCCGCCCCUCAGCUGCCCGAGUUCCACGGCGAGGCGUUCGGCGCAGACUUUCAGCAGAAGUGGGAGGAGCUCCAGAGGAUCCUGGAAAAGCAGAGGUCUAAAGGAGGCAUCAUUGACCCGGAGGUGGAGUCCAACCGCUUCCUGAUUCACAUCAACGAGGCUCCACCUGCUGCUGAAGAUGGAAACCAGGAGGCUGAAGUUCCUCCAGACGUCCCGGUGUCCUCCUCCAAUGAAAGCAGCGUGCGAGCGGAUCCGUUUCCUCCUGGAAAGUCCCACUCCAGAGGAGUUCAGGGCCAGAGACGUCAGAACCAGAUGAGGGGGCCGAGGAGAGGAGGCAGGACCAGGCCGCAGCAUCCGAGAGCUGCCCCCAUCACGGAGCACCUGGACAAACUCUCUCUGUCCUCUGAAGCACCUUUGAGGACCAAAGCUCCGCUCGGUUCUGAACAGUGGGCGCACAGGGACCCAGACUCGGGCCGAUCCAGGACAGACGAAGAGGAAUCUGCAGCGCAACAGGAGAUGCAGCUUUUGCCCGACCAUCAGGCCUCGCUCCAAUCCGCCGUGGAAUCCGAAUGCUUAAAGGACUGCGCAGGCUCCGCUGGUGGCCGCAGCCAUAGUGGAAGGAGGAGGGGUCCUUAUCGACCCACCCAGCACGCCGGGCCUCCUGGACUCGGGCGCCAUCACUGGGACGGUCGAGCUGCGAGAAGCAGAGGCGGACACCACCGGGGUCACGGCAGGGGUUUCCAGCAGAGGGUGGUGGAGAGGGGAAGGGAGGAGGUGCUAUGACACAGGGCAGCAGGAGGGUCAAGCCAACAUGUGUGUGCCUCCAUCGUCAGCCUGCACAGAUUUAAACCCUGCAACAGAAGAGACGCUCACUGGAACCUCAGACUGUCCUCGCCGCCGCCAUGCUCCUUCAUCCUCACUAACAUCAGCUGCAGACAGCAGCUGCUUUACCUUGUGAUGCCAUGUGACCUGAAAGAGCUGCGAUUAAAAAAUGUUUGUGGAUGUGAUAA